CAGCUGGAUAAGCCAAUCACUGAGAGCGAUGCAGUGAAACCAGUGAAAUUCCUGCGCGAAGGUGGGUCUGACCCAGAGGAGGCUGCUGCCGUGAAAACAGUUGGGUGGGGUUCCUUGGACAACCUGGGAGGACGACCAGACAAAUUGCAAGAGCUCGGUAUCAAAGUCAUGGAACGAUGGCUUUGUAGCCGCGGUGACCACUAUGGAACAAAGUUCACAAACAACAUGCUCUGUGCUGCAGAAAAACCAAAGGACACCUGUGAUGGUGACUCCGGAGGUCCUCUCUUAUACAAGGACAUUGCUGUGGGAAUAACCUCUAAUGGAGGGAAGAAA